AUGCAAAAAGAUCCAUCUUGUAACAUCCAAAAAUGUCAACAUAGAAACGAAUGUCGUCCCUGUCCAAUAAAGAAAGUCAUGGCAUUCGGCAAUCCAUUACUCGACACCAUCAUCCACACAACCGACGACACUUUAUUACUAAAAUACGACAUUCCAGUCAACAGCCAAAAGGAGCUCAACUACAAGGAAAUGAACCAACUCAUCGCUGAAAUAGAAGGCAUGGAGAAAACCGUUACUCUAGGAGGUUGUUCGCAGAAUUUCCUCAGAGCGUUCCAAUGGAUAAUGAACAAUAACUGCGAGACUGUAAUAGUAGGAUCAAUUGGAAAUGAUGAAGUAGCAGAAAAGAUUAAAGUUCUACUGAAUGCCGAUCACGUCAAUUCUAAAUAUAUAGUCCACAAAACCCAACUGACUGGUAGAACAGUUUGUAUAGUGAAUGGUUCGGAUAGAUCUAUAGUCGCCUAUGUGGGAGCAGCUGCAGAAUUACCUUUGGAAGACCUCCUCGCAAUAGAAGAUCUAGAGGAUUAUAUUAAGAAAGCCAACUACAUCUACAUCGAAGGCUUUUUCUUACCUAAUCGGGAAGAAUCCACCGACCAUAUACUAAAUAUAUGCGAGGAACAUAAUAAGAUCGUCGUGGCUAAUAUUUGCGGAGUGUAUCUUUGCACUCUUUGUCCAAACGCUCUGGUAGACUUGAUCACAAGGGCGGAUAUAGUAAUAGGUAACGUUUAUGAAUACGAAGCAUUGGGUAGAGUUAUGGACCAUCAAAGCGCUGAUAGCCUGGCCGAUUAUUUAGUAAAAAAUACCAAGAACAAGAUCUGCCAGUACGGAACCAUCGUGAUUAUAACCCGAGGUGGUGAAAAUGGAAAAUGCGUCUAUGGAGAAGGGAAAAUAUUAGAAUUUGAAGUGACUAAAAUCAGUGAUGAAGAGUUUAAAGAUACAAUAGGAGCUGGUGACGCUUUUGCGGCUGGCUUUUUAGCUGGAUUGUGCCAAAAUAAAACUUUAAUUCAAUGUUGUACAAUGGGCUGUUAUACGGCUGGCAGUUUUAUUAAACAGAUCGGGUGUAAAGUGCCAAAGUUUCCACCUCAACCAGUACUGUAA